GCAGACAACGCACGGCUACGACGCAUCUACAACGCAACAGAUUUCUUGCAUCUUUCAUCGAAAUAAUGCCACAAAGAACACCUCGACUGGCCGAAAACGGCUAUUACCAGGAUGAUGGCCAACCGGUCAUCUCUUACAGGGAGCGGAUAUACAGGGUUUUUAGGAGGCAAAGCAAUCGUCGCCAAUCUGGGCAUGGAGCCAGGAAUGUCUCUGGGACCCCCAGUGACUGGAAGAGCUCUGUCAGGGGAACCCUCCGGUUUCUCUUCUUAAUUUUCCCUCUGUGUUUCGGACUUUGGUAUUUACAGAAAACAGAGUACGAGGAGCUGCUAAAGCAGCUAAGAGAGCAGCAGGAGGAGCUGCUGUCUUUGCGGAAGAAAAUCGACCACCUUCUUCCAAAGGCAGACAUGCUGCCCAAUUUUGCUCUGCAAUCACUUGGAGCACGUGUUCUGAAAUCGUCAGAACCAUUCCCAACAGAAGUUGAGAGGCUGACGAUUUUUGGGAGACGAGUCGAACGGCUUGCUGUGACCCCAAGUGUUGUCAUUCAGGGGCAGCCACAUUUGAUGCCAGGGCACUGCUGGGCUUUUGCAGGUCAGCAGGGACACGUAUCCAUCGCCCUGUCUCACCAAGCCGCCAUCAGCCAUGUGACACUGGGUCACAUUUCAAAGGCCUCGUCUCCAACUGGCUCCAUCUCCAGUGCUCCCAAGGAGUUCUCAGUCUAUGGAAGGAAGAACUUGGAUGACGAGAACAUCCACUUGGGAACCUUUCUGUACGAUGAGGACGGAGACUCACUACAGACUUUUAAGCUAGCUGAUCAUAAAAUGGGUGUAUUCAGUUAUGUAACGUUGCAGGUCCACAGCAACUGGGGCACCCCUGAGUACACUUGUCUGUACAGCUUCAGGGUUCAUGGGAAGCUGGCAGACUGAAGAGGACAACAAAAAGGGUAAUAUAUAGGUAAUAUAUAGGUAAUAAUAUAGGUAAUAAUAAUAAUAAUGAUUUUAAUAGGGCUGCACAGUGGCGUGGUGGUUAGCACUUUCGCCUUGCAGCUAGAAGAUCCCUGGUUUGCGUCCUGGCUUUCCCGGGAUCUUUCUGCAUGGAGUUUGCAUGUUCUCCCUGUGCAUGCGUGGGUUUUCUCCGGGUACUCCGGUUUCCUCCCACAAUUCAAAAAUAUGCUGAGGUUAAUUGAUUGUUCUGGCAGUGUAUAGAUAAAGUAUGGAUGGAUAAUAAUAAUAAUAAUAAUAAUAAUAAUAAUAAUAAUAAUAAUAAUAAUAAUAAGAAGAAGAAGAAGAAGAAGAAGAAGAAGAAGAAGAAGAACAAUAAGAAGAAGAAGAAGAAGAAGAAGAAGAAGAAUUAUUAUUUUUAUAUAUAUAUACAUAUAUAUACAACAGAAACUAUACAGAUGGGGGGGUUGUAUGUAUAGAACAAUAACAAGAAUAAAAACAAAAGAUAAAAUAAAAAAUUAAUUAAUAAAAUAAAAAUAAAAUAAAAAAUUAAUUAUGUGUAUGAAGAGUUCAUUUGUACAAACAGAUAACUCCAUUUUUAUACAUUUUCAGAAAACUUGUUUUUUUAUUGUUUACUUGAGAUAAUAUAAAUCAAACUGAAGUU